UUUUUAUUAAGUUUUAAUUUAUUAAUAUUAAGAUUAUUAAAUUUUAAUUUAUCAUUAAUUUUUUUAAUAAAAAAAUUAAAAAUUUUAUAUGAAUGAUCUAUUUAUAUAAAAGAUAUUUUUUUAAUUAAAUUAAUUUAUUAUUUUGAUUGAAUAAGAUUUUUAUUUAUUAGAACAAUUUUUUUAAUUUCUUCAAUGGUUAUUUUAUAUAGUAUAAAUUAUAUAAAUAAUGAUUUAAAUAUUAAUCGAUUUAUAAUAUUAAUUAUAAUUUUUGUUUUUUCUAUAAUUAUUAUAAUUAUUAGAAUAAAUUUAAUUGUAAUUUUAUUAGGUUGAGAUGGAUUAGGUUUAUCUUCUUAUUGUUUAGUAAUUUAUUAUCAAAAUAAAAAAAGUUAUAAUUCUGGUAUAAUUACAAUUUUAAUAAAUCGAAUUGGUGAUCUUUUUAUUUUGGUUUCUAUUUCUUUAAUAAUAAAAAAUUAUUCUUGAAAUAUUAUAUUUUUAAAUAAAUUAGAUUAUUUAUUAAUAUUAUUUAUUUUUAUUGCUUCAAUUACAAAAAGAGCUCAAAUUCCUUUUUCAACUUGAUUACCAUUAGCAAUAGCUGCACCAACUCCUGUUUCUUCAUUGGUUCAUUCAUCAACUUUAGUAACUGCUGGAAUUUAUUUAUUAAUUCGUUUUAAUUAUUUAUUUUCAAAUGAUUUUAUAUUAUUAAUUAUAAUUAUUUCUAGAUUAACAAUAUUUUUUUCUGGUAUAUCGGCAAAUUUUGAAUUUGAUUUUAAAAAAAUUAUUGCUUUAUCAACUUUGAGUCAAUUAGGUUUAAUAAUAUUUAUUUUAAGAUUUAAAUUACCUUUAAUUUCUUUUUUUCAUUUAAUUAUGCAUGCUAUAUUUAAAUCAUUAUUAUUUUUAUGUUCAGGAAUUAUUAUUCAUAAUUUUUUUAAUAAUCAAGAUAUUCGAAUAAUUUCUUUGAAUAAUAAUUAUAUAAUAUUUGUUAAUAUAGUAUUUUAUAUAGCUUCUUUGACUUUAAUAGGAAUACCUUUUUUAACUGGAUUUUAUUCUAAAGAUUUUAUUAUUGAAAUAUUUAAUAUAAAAUAUAAUAAUUAUUUUAUAUUUUUUAUUAUAUAUAUUUCUAUGGGUUUAACAGUUAGAUAUUCAUUACGUUUAAUAUAUUAUAUAAAUUUAAAAAUUUUAAAAAAUUUAAAUUUUUUAAAAUUUCAAUUAUUUAAUUUAAUAAAUUAUUCAAUUUUAGUUUUAAUUUUUAUAACAAUUUUUUUUGGUUCAAUAAUAAAUUGAUUAAUAUUUAAUUCUUUAAAUUAUAUUUAUUUACCUAUAUUUUUAAAGUUAAUAAUUUUUUUAUUUAUAGUUUUAGGAAUAUUAAUUGGAAUAAUUUUAAUAAAAAUUUUUUAUUUAAAAAAUAAUUUUUUAAUUUUUAUUUAUAAAUUUUUUAAUAUAAUAUUUUUUUUACCUUUAAAUUUUAAAAAAAGUAAAAUUAUUUUUAUAAAAAUAACUUCUAAAAUAUUAUUUAUUCAAGAUUUUGGAUGAAAUGAAUAUAUUUUAUUGAAAAAAAUUUUAUUUAUUAUAAAUUUAAAUAAUUUAUUUAUAUUAAAUAAAAAAUUUAGAAUUUUUAAUUUAAUAAUUUUUGUUGUUUAUAUAUUUAUGUUAAUA